GUCAGGCUGAGCCCACCCGGCCGCGGUUCUCGCCUCAGGGAGCCUGGCAGCGCUAGGGGGCGGCAGCUUCCCUGCCCCCACCAAGGUCCCAGGGGAGGGGGAUCCCUCCGCAGGAGGCCUGUCUCUUUAAGGAGGCGGCCCUGACUGGGUGUGCCCCGUCUCCAUGGUUACCCCGGUGCAGGCGGCGGUGCGGGAGGUAGGCUGCCGUUUCUCCCCGACAGACGGAGGGAGCUGCGGGGACCCGGCGCUGAGCCGAGCCCAAGCGGGAGCCACCCCGCCUGCAGAAACAGGAGCCGCGGGCGGACGAAAGGUGCAGAGUGCGCGGUGGCCGCGGGGCCUGCAGCCCGGAAUCUGUGGGCGGCAAGGGGUCGCGCGCGCGCCAUGCGCCCAGCCCCGACGGCGCGGACGCCCCCUUGUGCGCCGGCAGCUGCUGGGGCCUGCGAGCCUGGGCCGGGCAUAGUCCCCCGACGGCUACUCUAGGGGGCGCGGGGCCCGGCGGGGGGCGGCCGAGCCCGGCGCCCUCCCCCGGCGCUGAGUCCCCGCGCCCCGGAGGGAUGGGGCGGGCGGCCCCCGCCGCCUAAGAUGCCGGCCAUGCGGGGGCUCCUGGCGCCGCAGAACACCUUCCUGGACACCAUCGCCACCCGCUUCGACGGGACGCACAGUAACUUCGUGCUGGGCAAUGCCCAGGUGGCGGGGCUCUUCCCUGUGGUCUACUGCUCUGAUGGCUUCUGUGACCUCACGGGUUUCUCCAGAGCCGAGGUCAUGCAGCGGGGCUGUGCCUGCUCCUUCCUCUAUGGGCCAGACACCAGUGAGCUGGUCCGCCAACAGAUCCGAAAGGCCCUAGACGAACACAAAGAAUUCAAGGCUGAACUGAUCCUGUACCGGAAGAGUGGGCUUCCAUUCUGGUGUCUCCUGGAUGUGAUACCUAUAAAAAAUGAGAAGGGGGAGGUGGCCCUCUUCCUGGUCUCUCACAAGGACAUCAGCGAGACCAAGAACCGAGGAGGCCCUGACAACUGGAAGGAGAGAGGACCCUCUUUUCUUGUAGGCGGUGGCCGGCGCCGAUAUGGUCGGGCAGGAUCCAAAGGCUUUAAUGCCAAUCGGAGGCGGAGCCGGGCGGUUCUCUACCACCUUUCUGGCCAUCUGCAGAAGCAACCCAAGGGCAAGCACAAGCUCAAUAAGGGAGUGUUUGGAGAGAAGCCAAAUUUGCCUGAAUAUAAAGUCGCUGCUAUCCGGAAGUCACCCUUUAUCCUGCUGCACUGUGGGGCUCUGAGAGCCACCUGGGAUGGCUUCAUCCUGCUUGCCACACUCUAUGUGGCAGUCACUGUGCCAUACAGUGUGUGUGUGAGCACAGCACGGGAACCCAGUGCUGCCCGUGGCCCACCUAGUGUCUGUGACCUGGCUGUGGAGAUCCUCUUCAUCUUAGAUAUUGUGCUGAAUUUUCGUACUACAUUUGUGUCCAAGUCAGGCCAGGUGGUAUUUGCCCCAAAGUCCAUUUGCCUCCACUACGUCACCACCUGGUUCCUGCUGGAUGUCAUAGCAGCACUGCCCUUUGACCUACUACAUGCCUUCAAGGUCAACGUGUAUGUUGGGGCUCACCUACUGAAGACGGUGCGACUGCUGCGCCUGCUGCGCCUGCUGCCAAGACUGGACCGGUACUCGCAGUACAGCGCGGUCGUGCUCACCUUGCUCAUGGCUGUCUUCGCCCUGCUCGCUCACUGGGUGGCCUGCGUUUGGUUCUACAUCGGCCAGCAAGAGAUUGAGAGCAGCGAGUCGGAGCUGCCGGAGAUCGGCUGGCUUCAGGAGCUGGCACGCAGGCUGGAGACCCCCUACUACCUGGUGAGCCGAAGUCCAGACGGAGGCAACAGUUCUGGUCAGAGUGAAAACUGCAGCAGCAGCAGUGUCAGCGGUGGCGGCAGCAGAGGCAGCGAAGCCAAUGGGACCGGGCUGGAACUGCUGGGUGGCCCGUCCCUACGCAGCGCCUACAUCACCUCCCUGUACUUCGCGCUCAGCAGUCUCACCAGUGUGGGCUUCGGCAACGUGUCCGCUAACACAGACACGGAGAAGAUCUUCUCCAUCUGCACCAUGCUUAUUGGAGCUCUGAUGCAUGCAGUGGUGUUUGGGAAUGUGACGGCCAUCAUCCAGCGCAUGUAUGCUCGCCGCUUUCUGUACCACAGCCGCACUCGUGACCUGCGAGACUACAUCCGCAUCCACCGCAUCCCCAAACCCCUCAAGCAACGUAUGCUCGAGUACUUCCAAGCCACCUGGGCUGUGAACAAUGGCAUCGAUACCACUGAGCUGCUGCAGAGCCUCCCGGAUGAGCUUCGUGCAGACAUCGCCAUGCACCUGCACAAGGAGGUCCUGCAGCUGCCACUGUUCGAGGCCGCCAGCCGAGGCUGCCUGCGGGCGCUGUCCCUGGCCCUGAGGCCGGCCUUCUGCACGCCCGGCGAGUACCUCAUUCACCAAGGGGAUGCUCUCCAGGCCCUCUAUUUUGUCUGCUCGGGUUCCAUGGAGGUCCUCAAAGGUGGCACCGUGCUCGCCAUUCUAGGGAAGGGUGACCUGAUUGGCUGCGAGCUGCCCCAGCGGGAACAAGUAGUGAAAGCCAAUGCAGACGUGAAGGGGCUGACAUACUGUGUCCUACAGUGUCUGCAGUUGGCUGGGCUGCAUGAGAGCCUCGCACUGUACCCUGAGUUUGCCCCACGCUUUAGCCGUGGUCUCCGAGGGGAACUCAGCUACAACCUGGGAGCUGGGGGAGUCUCUGCGGAGGUGGAUACCAGCUCCCUGAGUGGUGACAACACUCUCAUGUCCACGCUGGAGGAGAAGGAGACAGAUGGGGAGCAGGGACACACGGUCUCACCAGCCCCAGCAGAUGAGCCCUCCAGUCCCCUGCUGUCACCUGGCUGUACCUCCUCCUCCUCAGCCGCCAAACUACUCUCCCCACGUCGAACUGCACCUCGGCCGAGGCUGGGUGGCAGAGGGCGGCCGAGUAGAGCAGGGGUUUUGAAGCCUGAGGCUGGUCCUUCUGCUCAUCCACGGACACUUGAUGGGCUGCAGCUUCCCCCCAUGCCAUGGAAUGUACCCCCAGACCUGAGCCCCAGGGUCGUAGAUGGCAUUGAAGAUGGCUGCGGCUCUGACCAGCACAAGUUCUCUUUCCGAGUGGGUCAGUCUGGCCCAGAAUGUAGCAGCAGCCCCUCCCCGGGAACAGAGAGCGGCCUGCUCACCGUCCCCUUGGGGCCCAGUGAAGCAAGAAACACAGACACGCUGGACAAACUACGGCAGGCGGUGAUGGAGCUGUCUGAACAGGUGCUGCAGAUGCGGGAGGGACUGCAGUCACUUCGCCAGGCUGUGCAGCUCAUCCUGGUGCCCCAAGGGGAAGGCCAGUGUCCCCGGGGAUCAGGAGAGGAGCCGUGCCCAGCCACCACCUCUGGGCUCCUACAACCCCUGCGUGUGGACACUGGGGCAUCAUCCUACUGCCUGCAGCCCCCAGCAGGUUCAGUUUUGAGUGGGACCUGGCCUCACCCCCGUCCAGGGCACCCCCCUCCACUCAUGGCGCCAUGGCCCUGGGGCCCCCCAGCAUCUCAGAGCUCCCCUUGGCCUCGAGCCACAGCAUUAUGGACUUCCACCUCAGACUCGGAGCCCCCUGGCUCUGGAGAUCUCUGCUCUGAGCCCAGCACACCAGCCUCACCCCCUCCUCCUGAGGAAGGGGCUAGGAUUGGGACCCCAGCACCUGUGAGCCAGGCUGAGGCUACAAGUACUGGAGAGCCCCCUCCGGGGUCAGGGGGCCGAGCCUUGCCCUGGGAUCCCCACAGCCUAGAGAUGGUGCUCAUUGGCUGCCACGGUCCUGGCACAGUCCAGUGGACCCAGGAAGAAGGCACAGGGGUCUGACUGCGGCCGGGAUGAGUACUACAAAUGCCUGCCACCUGCUGCUCCACCUAGCCUCGCAGGGCUGCUCAGGGCAGGGAGCCUGAGGGAGGAGGAGGGUGAGCUGGAGCCUCAGGCAGGCCCCAGGCUAGGGAUCCACGGGUUUUGCUCCACUGACCUGCUUGUCCGCCAUUUGCCUGCCAGAUGGGGGCAGAGGUCUGAGGACAGGGAGGGGUUCUGCCAUUCCUUGCAUGUGCCCAUCUCCACUGUCCUCAUGUUUUUUAUAUUAAAAAACAUAAAAAAAUAAUAAUAAAAAAGAAGC